AUGACUACCCCAACACUUCGCAUCGACACCAGCUACCUCGACAUAAGCGGAGCAGAGGCCCAAUUCAGAGGUCCCGUUAACCCCCUUAGCCCAGGCCGUAGCCGCGCUCGCAGUCUAUCACAAACAGUCCUCCCAAGCUUUAGACUGUCUGCCUCCCCUGGCAAUCCAGAGAAGUCGUCAAUCGAUGACAUAUCACAGAAUACUAUCUUCCAUGGAGCUAACAAGGCGCGCUCUGAAUCUCGCAAGCUGUUAGCGCAUAUCCUCCAGGAACUACGGGACCGACCCAAGCCGCCCUCCUCUCUAGCUGCUAGUAAAACAGGAACACGAGCGGACAAGGGGCUUGGUGCUGUAAUUCAGUCUGUGAAGGGCGCAGUGAAGCACCAACGCACUCGCUCGCAGGCCAAGGUCUACACUAAUGUUGCUCAGGACGAGAACGACAGCGACCUGGAGGAGGAUAUUGAAUUCAACACGGACGUCACAUUCGGCCUUAUGUGUCAGCUGAGGGAUGUACUUUACAUAUCAGCACUGCAGAAAUGGGAUAUCCUCAAUGAUGGGUACGUACGAGACCCUUGUUUCUACGCUCAAUUGACUGAGUCUUAUCCUAGUCCCACGUCUACACAAUACGGACGGGAGAAGUCCAACUCUCUGCGACAAAGGCGCAGCAGUCAAAGCAACCGACGUCAGUCGCGCGCGCAUGACUCUCAAUUACUGUCACAGUGCAUAAAGGUUCUGUCCUCUAUAGUCACGGAAGACUGUCGCUUCCGAACAUCAUCCCCACGUCCCUCGCGGCCUCCCUAUGCCCUACAGGCUGUCACACUCGACGUGACACAAUUCCUGAUAGACAGCCACCGCGAGUCCCCACUUAUCGUGUCUCAAGUAGUGUUCGCGAUCAUACCGGCUUUCUAUACCUUCGACGUCGCCACACAUGCGCGUCUGCUCGCCUUCUUUGAAGACGGUGUGCUUGGAGGCGUUAUGGAUGAUUUGAAGCGAAUACAAGGCACUCAGCGCCCUGAGCAGACGUCAGUAGACGAAGCCGAGGAUGCGACUCCGUCUACGUCAGUAGCGUCGGGUUGGCGUCGAUGGUCAACCGGAGACCCAUUGGACGGCCAUGGGAUACUUGCGACCCGUGCUCCCGCCCAAGACAUUGCUUUGUAUCAACUUUCCUCUUUCGUUUCGCCACUAUUGGCUGCCAUUCUAGAAAACGUCGAUCUUGUCCCCGAUCGGCCGGAUAUAUUGCACCGCUUUCACCGGUUGCUGAGCAGAUGUAUCGAAGCGAAGCCCGACCUCUACCUUGAUAUACUUGCUGUUAUUGCCUAUCAUACACCGAAGGCAAGGAUCGCAGGAAUCUCUGUCCUGACAUCCUACUGGCCUCGCGCAAUCGGGCAUACGAUCGUUAGCAAGGCAUCUCCGGAUAUCACCUACUCAGCUCACUUGCUAAGAACCUCGCACCCAUCUCAGGGCAGGAGACCACAGCAGCUCCACACUCACCAGUUCGUACCAUGGCGAUUCGGUCUUCAUGCAGCGUCGGCGUCCAUUUGGGAGGGUCUCUCACAGGACAUCUGUAAUUCGUGCUCGAAGAUGAUCACAGGCUUCGGGCUCCUGUGUACCUUCUGCGUGUGUGCUGUCCAUUUCGACUGCUACGACUACCCUGAGGGGAGUUCGUCAGUGCAGUACUUCGUUGCCUCGGAGGAGGACAGGCAAAAGAUCGCAGUUUACAGAUUCUGCCACAUCUUACCAGCACGACACCAAUCACAACCCCAGACUGUUAACAGGGACCAGCACACUUUCCGAUACGUGAAUCUGUUUAGCCUUACGAUUUGCCUCAUAUGUCGAAACCCGCUGUGGGGAUGCUGGAUGCAAGGACUGAGAUGCUCCUCUUGCAGGCAGUUCGUCCAUGGAUCCUGCCUUACGUCGAUGUCGUCAAGCCUCGCUCGAUGCCGCUCAGUCUCCAUCGAUGACUCCUUCGUGGCUAUUGAGUGGUCUCAACUUCGUGCCUCGUGUCUGGACCACUAUCGCAGCGUCCUUCUCACAGAAUCGGACAUCGCGCGCAAGACAUACGAGGAGGUCUCAGCCUAUUCCUCUAUGCUAUGGCUACAGCUACAAAUACUGCUGCAUGGGGUUGCACUUGGCUCCAUCGUUGUAAUUGGGCAAAUAGAUGCGUCUCCGGAUGAGAGCGACCUGCAAGAAUUCGAACUCCACGCGUUCGCUCGCCGAUUUGAGGAAUGUCUGGCGUCCAAUCGAUUGCCUAUAUCGACUGCUCUUGCCGAAUAUCUGGGCGACAACAACUUGCGAGCCGACAAUGUUCAGAUAUUCUUCAAUCUGCAGGUUCUGGUGUUUAUAACGAGCACCAUCAAACUGCCUGUUACUUCAAAUUCGGAAAUGCCGACGUCUUCCGGGCUACUCGCUGCUAACACGCUGGAGGAAUUCGCAGAUACUGACUCAGAUGAAGCGAUAUACCCCUUCGAAGUUCUUUCUUUAGCAAGACUCAGGGAUCAGCUUGGAGAUCACUUCCAGUUCUUCUCGGAAGAAACCGCCCUCCACGCUCUCCAAUGUAUUCAUCAGCUAGGCUUCAUACAGCGAUUGGACUUUAAGUCAGACAUUCUUGACGACAUAACAAUGCCUGACUCCACUCUCGUUUCCGCCAUCGAAGCUUGCCUGGCGGACAUUAGCCUAUCGACACAUGAAGCAGGGCUGCUCCUGCUCGUUAGGCGAUUCUGGCCAGAUGGAAUGUUGACCCCUUACGCCUUGGGUAGGCUAUGCACGGCUGUAGUCUCCUGGAUUCUCUCAGAAGAUCACAACUUGGUCGUCAUGCUUCGAGAUUUUGUCGCUAAGGGUCAGAGUCUACCAGGAGUACGGUCGGGCUCUGACCUCCAGCUGUGGCCGCCACAAAUACUAGCGAGAUCUGCGUUGGCAAGUGUGGCCAAUAAUGGGGGAGACUAUAUUGCUACCAGACGCACGCUGUUAAAGCGAUAUGCUGCGCGAUGGCUCCUAGCAUUUCACGACUCCGACCCGUAUCAGUAUGCAGCAGUCUUGUUCACGACUCUCCUUGCGUUGGCUGAAGAAGGUCCCGUUUCGGAUGAGUAUUUCUUGGGCAAAGAAACAGACCAGCGGCGAAUGGACAGGCAAACGAUGGCUACGGAUAAACUCCUGAGAUUAAUCAUCAAGCUCGACCAAGUCGCUGUCCUGUUCACCUCGUUCGAAGACCUAUUCAAGCGAUGGUUGGAAUACGCUCAGGAUUUGAGCGUCGAACGACAGCCUCUAUCUGCGAUGUCUAGACUUUUCAAUCGAGAAGGCGAGACUAAUCAGCGCUCAACCGUCAUCAUGGAUAAUCGGAUGACUAUGACAGAGGCGUCUGGCAUUGCAACUGCCAACGCCCUCAAUAUACUCAUCGAUACUGCGAAAGGCGGUGUGGAAGGGUUCCGUCAAAUGUCGCAUUGGCUUUGUCUCUUCGUCCGGUCCGGCGUCGAUAUCUCUGUUCAGACAUUCGGGCAAGUGAUGGGCUUAGCGAGGCGUUUCAACGCUACUCUCGAGGAGUGCUUGCUCCUGAUAAAAGCCAUCACUUGGUCUGCCUGGAUGAGAUCGGUAGGGCGUCAAGAGCUGCAGACCGUUGUAGCCUCCUUUCACCAUAAUCUAGUGGCAAUUAUAGUAGACAAUCUUCAACAAAAGCGAGACUUGGAACUAAUUUCUACUUUUAUCCGUCUCUCUUUGGCUGGCUGCUUGCUAGUGUAUGGGUGCGAGCGGAAGCAUGUGCUCGACCUUGCUUUGAUACACAAGGAAGAAAUUGACGGCUUGCCGUCUAGGCGGAAAUUGCAUUCCCGCACCACCACGAUGGCUGACCCUGUUAUUGUCAACGCCGAGUUGAUGCAAGCUCUCACAAAAUAUGUCGAGACGGGCAACGACGAGAUAUCUUGCUUCAUUGCAAAAUUCUUAAACGCAUUCGUCAACGAUGUUCCCUUUGUCGAGUCGUACGAGAUCGACAAUUUCAUCUUGCGCAAUGGCAAUUCACUGGCCACAUGUAUGUGGCAAUUCUACGGAAUUCGAAGUCCUGAAAUCAGUAGUAUUCGGCCUGCCCUGUUAUUGCGCAUACUCGUCGUGGAUGGAUAUCCGUUUCUGACGCUCCUAGACAGUUGGUGUGGCGAUCAUAGCUGGGAACUGCGCCUACAAGCGGCGUUGCGUCUCUUCAGUAUUGUACUGGACGUCACGAGCCCUGUUUUCCAUGUCGAAGGUCGACAGUGGAAGACAAGUAUCGUCGCCAUCUUCGAUCGAUUUUUCUCCUGCCUGUGGAUGGAUGAAAGGGAAGAAGUUAGACUAGCGGUUGACACUUGGUCGCACACUCUACUCGAGGCUCAUCAGACGGCUAUUGCUUCGUGUUGGAACGAGGCUUUGGCAAAGGCCCCGAUAGCUGAUCGUGUCAAAUUGGUGUCCUUUUUAAACCAGAUUCAGCCGCAUUUUCCUAAAUGGCCAGUCCUCGCGUGGGAUGUCAUCACCGAUACCUUACACGAGAAUGACGAGGACCAUGUUGACCCGGCAGCAGCCCAUCUCGUGAUGUCGGAAGACUACACCAAAACGACCGAUCCUGAGCUGGCAUCGCUCAAGGUUUCCAUGAUAUCUCUGUCAUUGCGCAUGAUAGCAGAGGGCAUUCCAAUUGAUCCAAUUCAAUCACUGAAAGUCAAGGAGCACCUUGUCAGGGCUCUAGGCUUUCAGGAGGUAGUCUUGGUUCCAACUGCAAGCGGCCGCCUCUAUCAUAUACAAUAUCAAGGCUUGUACACAAUCUCCCAGAUAUCGGAGGUCUGUCUGAACGACUUGAUGCUGGUCCUCGACUGUGCCGAGCCAUAUGAUAUUGCACCGGCCGUAAUGGGUGGCCCGUACGCUGAAGACGAGACCCCAGAUCCACUGCUAAUAGGAUCCAUCUUCGUCGACGUACCACUGGAACUCUUUGUCCACACUAGGGAUAUGAUGUCGCUGACGUUUAUUGCGCUGAAGAACCUCCUGAAGACGCUGAUAAUCAUAUUGUACAAACAUGAUUUUGACAGUAGAUCGCUCCAAUAUCUCCAGGGAACCUUGCGCCGUGCCGUUCGGAGGUCCUUGGAAGUUCUUACCGCUGACGUCAGUUAUGAGCUUCGCCAGUUGGCCUUAUCAGCUUGCCAUAUAUUUAUCAAAAGAUGGCCAAUGCUCAUCGGCAACUUUGUAAUUGAGGCUAUCGAAACUGCAGUACAAUUAUUGAUUUCUCUCGACUACGAGCACAAUGGCGGAGACGUCCUAGUAGAUCAGCUCAAGACGUUCCUAACCACAACGCUCUCAACGUUUGCGUCUGGAGGGAUAUUUAACGUAGUGUGUAAAAGACCCUUGUCAUCCGACUUCUUUACCGUCAUUCGGUUGGUGACGGCACCAAUAUCAAAGCCAGGAUACGCUCCAGCUGCACGGGAAUCCUUGAGGGAUACGAUUCUCCGGGACACGCUCUCUAGGUCAUUGGACAACGACCCGGAUACGUUCCAGUUGGUCAUCGAGAAUAUGCAGACCUACAUCAAAAACGUGCACAAUUCUGGCUUCAGCACCGAUCUGAUGCAAGCGGUUGGACUCUGGCUCACGAGCGUUGCUCGUCGGACCGCAGAGUGGCCGCCGGAUCUCUUCAACCCAAGCCCUCUUUUCUUACUUGCAUGCACUCUGGUCGAGAACAACAAGGCGCAAAGUCGCGAUCUACUGGGCUACACAGAGACCCUCCUGCGUGCAGCUUUGAAUCGCUGCAAUGUUUCUACGGAAAGCCUGGUCCGUCUGAUACAGGUCACUUCGUUACUGUAUCGAAGAGCGGCGGCGGCGAAGCCUGUCGGAAGCGACGCCCUACCUUCCAACCCUAUUGUCCAUGCCAUGCUAGAGGUAAUCGCGGAGAGUGUACGCCUCAAAGCACGUACCACACCAGCAACACUAACUUCCUUAUUCGAGGCAAUGACGGCAACGGCAGUCGGGGAGUUAUUUCAGGGAUAUAAUGCCAACCAUGGGGUUGCAUUCAAUCUUGCAUCGGACGCCCUUCUGUUCUUGUACAAUGACAGCGCGCCUGGUUCCCUCAUCCAAAGUUCAUUCGACGUCUCGCAAGCAGCAGCUACUCUGGUCGUGGAGGUUGCCAACCACCUGCCUGCCGUCCUAGCAAGACUGAAGGUAUGCUUACACGCCACAAUCGGCCUUUCCUUGCAUGACCAACAACCAGCGACGCUCCGCCUCUGGAACAUGCUCGUCCUCGCUGCUCUUCGCAAUGGGCGCAAUCGUUCUGCCGCUGUGGUCUUCGAAUACUUCUCUAUCUUCAGCUUGGCGUACUCCCACGCACUGGGCGCAUACCAGCGACCGCAGCAACUGCUCGACCCGCAAGACUCCGCGCACAUUGAGAUCAGUAGCGUAUAUGUUGCCAUCAAGCUUUGGCUGCUGCUGGUCAGGAAGGCAGCCUUGCAGUAUAAGGAGCUCAGGCACAAUGAACAGAAUCAGCUUGACGUCUUACAAGACGGUGAGGUCAUGGCGACGAAGAUGGUAUGGAACGAGCUGUGGCCACCGUACGGGCGCAUCAUGAGCAUCCUGGAGGCCGAUGCGCGUGUUGGCAAUAUUUCACCGAUGGCCUCCUCCAUGUGGUCCUCCGUCGCAGACCUACUUUUAUUCCUGCGUCAGGCCCGCAUCACCGCGCUGAAUGUCUCGUCGGAGGCAAAUACCAUCAGCCGAUUACGCGCCAUCGUCCAGGGCGAAGCCAAGCUAACGCGAGUGAUGCGGAGCUUGACAGAACCGCAAGCCGAUGUACCGCUUGAGUACUUUGUAAGUCAAAUCAAUACAGAGAUGCGAGCGGAGGAGAAGCUCCAUGCAGCGAAACGGUAUGAUUCGCUCCCGGAAAAAGGACGAAGAUUAGUCAGCUAG